GUACUCAUUCAAAAAGUCCGCGCCCGCACCCUCCACGACAUCAUAACGCGUCCAGCCUCCCACACCACUCGCAAUGGUUCCCAAGAACACGGCAUUCGAUCUGCAGACAUGUGCACGACCCAACAUCCUUGCAUUGGAGCCGUAUCGCUGUGCGCGCGAUGAUUACAAGGAUGACGGCACCAACAUCCUGCUCGACGCAAACGAGAACGCAUACGGCCCCGGCCUGGCGCUGAACGGAGAGGGAAAGCUGCCUGGCGCAAAUGUCAACGGCACAUCAGACUCAUCAGCGUCAAUUGAUGUAGAUCUACUCGGCCUUAAUCGCUACCCCGACCCCCACCAAGCAGACCUCAAGCAGCUUCUCUGCAACCUCCGCAACACGCACACCCACACAUCGAAGACCAUCGGCCCCGAGCACCUCUUCGUAGGCGUUGGGUCUGACGAAGCCAUCGACGCCCUCAUCCGCGCCUUCUGUGCCCCAGGCAAAGAGAAGAUCCUGACAUGUCCACCUACAUACGGCAUGUAUAGCGUCUCAGCGCAAGUCAAUGACGUCUCGCUCGUCAAAGUCCCACUACAGCUCCCCGCCUUCAACCUCGACGUCCCCGCCAUCCAGAAAGCGCUCGCUUCCGACCCCAGCAUAAAGCUCGCAUACCUCUGCUCGCCCGGCAACCCAACAGGGAAACUGCUGAAGAAGGAGGACGUACAAGCCAUACUGGAGACAAACUGGAACGGCGUGAUAGUUCUGGACGAGGCGUACAUCGACUUUGCGCCCGAAGGCUCGUCAAUGGCAGAAUGGGUCGCCGAAUGGCCGAACCUGGUCGUCAUGCAGACAUUGUCUAAGGCAUUUGGCCUCGCUGGAAUCAGACUCGGCGCCGCCUUCGCAGACCCUGCGAUCGCACAGAUACUGAACAACAUGAAGGCGCCAUACAACAUCUCGAACCCCACAUCCCAGCUUGCGCAAGCCGCGCUAAGCUCGAAGCACCUCAGCACAAUGAACAGAAAUAAGGACUUGAUUGUUAAGCAGAGGGCGAGGCUAAUUAAGGAGUUGCCGAAGGUUCCGGGUGUGGGGCAGUUGCACGGUGGGACGGAGAGCAAUUUCUUGCUCUACCAAAUGCUGGAUGAGCCGAGUGGAAAGCCUUCCAACGAAGUCGCAUUAGCAGUGUACCAAGGGCUGGCGGAAGAGAAGGGUGUUGUUGUUAGGUUUCGAGGAAAGGAGUAUGGGUGUGAGGGCUGCCUCAGGAUCACAGUAGGCACAGAAGACGAAUGCACACGCUUCCUGCAGGAGAUACGGAGCGUGUUGGAAAGCGUGUACAAGAAGAAGAAGAGUUUAAGUAGCAGCGAAGAAGAGCAGAAAGAGCAAGAAGCUAGCGCUGUCGUUGCAUAGGCUCAGAAC